CGCCCCCCGCCGGCGGCGGCUCCGCCCCCCGCGCUGCAGUCUCGCGCCCCGCCGCACCGCGCGCCGCGCCCCGCACCGCGGCCAGGCCCAGGCCCGGGCCCCGCCGCCAACCGAGGAGCAGCAGCAGCAGCAGCAGCAGCAGCAGCGGGUCCCUCCGCUCCUUUCCCCGAUUACAGAAAAGUGUGGUACCGGUACAGUCUUUUUAGUGGAAGAAUCUAAAUAAGCCCAUUUUGAACGCGUGGAGGGCCAUUUAAAAGCAAAAAUGCGACCAAUGCGUAUUUUUGUGAACGACGACCGCCACGUGAUGGCCAAGCACUCGGCCGUUUACCCGACGCAGGAGGAGCUGGAGGCGGUUCAGAAUAUGGUGUCCCACACGGAGCGGGCGCUCAAAGCUGUGUCCGACUGGAUCGACGAGCAGGAAAAAGUCAGCGGGGAACAGCCAGAAACAGAGUCCAUGGAGACGGCAGCCGAAGAGGAAAACAAGGAAGGAGGGGAUCAGAAGGCCACGGAGCAGUUGACGAGGACCCUGCGUGGAGUGAUGCGUGUAGGGCUUGUGGCAAAAGGCCUGUUACUGAAGGGGGACUUGGAUCUUGAGCUAGUUCUUUUGUGCAAAGACAAACCCACCACAGAUCUCCUGGAGAAAGUAGCUGACAAUCUGGGAGUACAGCUUGCUGCUAUUACCGAAGACAAAUAUGAAAUAAUCCAGUCGGUUGGCGAUGCUGCGAUUGUAAUUAAGAACACGAAAGAGCCGCCGUUGACACUGACCAUCCACUUGACGUCGCCCGUAGUCAGAGAAGAAAUGGAAAAACAGUUAGCUGGAGAAACGCUAUCAGUCAACGACUCCCCGGACGUUCUGGACAGGCAGAAAUGCCUUGCUGCCUUGGCGUCACUGCGACACGCCAAGUGGUUCCAGGCCAGGGCUAACGGGCUGAAGUCGUGCGUCAUAGUGAUCCGAGUGCUGCGAGAUCUGUGUACUCGGGUUCCUACUUGGGCACCGCUGAGAGGAUGGCCUCUAGAGCUGCUGUGUGAGAAAUCUAUCGGAACUGCUAACAGACCCAUGGGCGCUGGCGAGGCGCUGAGGAGAGUUCUUGAAUGCCUCGCCUCGGGAAUCGUUAUGCCAGAUGGUUCUGGUAUUUAUGAUCCUUGUGAAAAAGAAGCCACUGAUGCUAUUGGGCAUCUAGACAGACAACAAAGGGAAGAUAUCACACAGAGUGCUCAGCAUGCUCUGAGACUUGCUGCUUUUGGCCAGCUUCACAAAGUCUUGGGGAUGGAUCCCCUCCCUUCCAAAAUGCCCAAGAAACCAAAGAAUGAAAACCCUGUUGACUAUACUGUCCAGAUUCCUCCCAGUACAACGUACGCUGUCACCCCAAUGAAGCGUCCAAUGGAGGAGGACGGAGAGGAGAAAUCUCCCAGCAAAAAGAAAAAGAAGAUUCAGAAAAAAGAGGAAAAACUCGAACCUCCCCAGGCCAUGAAUGCACUGAUGAAACUGAACCAGCUCAAACCCGGGCUCCAGUACAAACUCGUCUCUCAGACCGGCCCCGUUCACGCUCCUAUCUUUACAAUGUCUGUGGAAAUCGAUGGCAGCACGUUUGAGGCAUCGGGACCUUCCAAAAAGACGGCCAAAUUGCACGUGGCGGUGAAGGUGUUGCAAGAUAUGGGUUUACCCACGGGAGUAGAAGGCAAAGAAUCUGGGAAAGGAGACGAAUCGGCAGAGGAAACGGAACAGAAGCCAGUCGUCGUCGCUCCUCCUCCUGUAGUAGAAACUGUCUCGACGCCCACUGCUGCUUCUCCUCCCUCAGAUCAGACCCCCGAGAAUGUGAAACAACAGGGACCAAUUCUGACGAAGCACGGCAAGAACCCGGUGAUGGAGCUGAACGAGAAAAGGCGCGGGCUGAAAUACGAACUGAUAUCGGAAACAGGCGGCAGCCACGACAAGCGCUUUGUCAUGGAGGUGGAAGUUGAUGGGCAGAAAUUCCAAGGAGCUGGUUCAAAUAAAAAGGUGGCAAAAGCCUACGCCGCUCUGGCCGCGCUCGAGAAGUUGUUUCCAGAUGCUCCUGUUGCCAUUGAGCAAAACAAGAAGAAGAGAGCCCCUGUGCCGGCUAGGGGAGGACCCAAGUUUGCAGUAAAACAGCACAACCCGGGUUUCGGAAUGGGAGGCCCCAUGCACAACGAAGUUCCCCCUCCGCCCAACAUGCGAGGUCGCGGAAGAGGUGGCAACAUCAGAGGCCGCGGGAGAGGCAGGGGCGGAUUCGGCGGCAAUCAUGGCGGCUACAUGAAUGCGGGUGCUGGAUACGGAAGCUAUGGUUACGGAGGAAAUUCGGCGACGGCAGGCUAUAGUGACUUUUUCACAGACUGCUACGGCUAUCAUGAUUUUGGGUCUUCCUAGAUCAUCUAAAAGUAUUGCACAAAAAACAGCUUUUUACUCCAAUUUUCUCGAACUCCAAAACCCAAAGUGUUCGUGCUGUGUCCCUGUGCUUCACUGGGUUUCUCAACAGUGGCUUUUCACCGCAGCUUGUCUGAAACUCUCUUAGCCUGCAGAACUUAAGACAGUGGCAGUUUUUAUUGUGAUUUGCCUUUGAACUUGGUCGUAUCGAUGUACGCAACAGGGGGAACCAAUUAUCCGGGAAAUGUUUUUGUGCGCCUCGCACAAAUUUCCAAGCCAGCUCCGUUCAGCGUAAAGGCAAAAAGCCCAUCUUUGCUUUUUAUGGAAAGCAUUACUUUAUUUUUAAGAAACCGAAGCGUUUUAAUCUACCUUUGUCUUAAUUUACAGCAGGUUUUGUACAAAAUUUGAGCCUUUUAAUAAAUCUCAGCAAUUGGGUAGACGCCUCUCGAUAUUGGGAAGACUUUUCAACAUCUCUGAAUAUAGCACAGCCCAGCUUUUUUUUUAAGCAUGCGAAAUGUUGACUUGUACGUGGAAUCGUGUGUGCUAAAAUUUAAUCCUACAUCCUUUGUAACACGCUGGUGGAUUAACGCUGAGGGAUGUGACUUAUUGUGGCUGGUAGCUAGUGUACUUCCAAGGUAUUGUAAUUACGCUUCCGAUCCCGAGACAAUAAAUAUCCAGGCGUUAGGGGUUAGUGUAAACGUGUUAGUAACUUCUGAAAAUGCAUGGAUUCGUUCGUGAACGUGAAAACGGGCUUUCCUGAGCCAAGCAUAAAGGGCCUAAAGCACUUUACGGGCAAAGCGCCGGCGGCUGCGGGCUCAGCAGCUGCGCUGAAAAACGCUCCUCGCCCUCGAGCGUCGCCGGGAGAAUUAAAUUCCACCGGAAUCGAGGAAUUGCGGCAAAUUUUUGCAAUUGGCCAGUGGAGACCCGAGUCUCUGAAUUCCGAGUGUUGGGUCCUUUAUUCUUGCUACGGUACUUUUAUUUUUUUAAAAAAAAAACUUGUAUUUUGUCACUGUUUUCUAGCUGCAAAGCCUGCGCCCUUGCGUUCCUUUAACUUGUGAGGCUCAACAACAUUUGAGUUAACUCAGUAAUUAAACUAGCUAAACAAAAAAGCAAACCAAAAAAACCCUGAAAAACCUCUAACCUAGAAGCACCAGGUUUAAAAAAAAAAAAAAAAAAUCCAAGGUGUUUAGUGGAUACUUAAAAUAACAGUAGUAAUUUUUUUGUUUUAGAAAGCUACUGUUUGACUUUUUAUACAAGGGAGUGGAUCCUGUCCUGAAGGAGGUGGAAAAACUGCCCUUUUUUUAAGCGACUACGUGUUAGAGUAACUACUCGUGUGCUGGAUAUUUUUCUUCUUAGCUUUGAUUUGGGGGAAGUCGAAACUAAUCUGAUGCGGAACAGCAUCAAAACUUCAUAGUUAAAUAUGAAGUCUUGGUAUAAAAUGGAAAUUCUGGAAAUAAUUGAUUUGGGAGAGAUCGACUUCCAGCAUCUGCAGCUUGAAUUUACACGGUGCCGGUCGUAACCUCUCGCUCCAGAAAAGUCCCUACGUUUGAACCAAAGAAGGGGAUUUUCAUCCAAGCAGUGGAGCAAGGGGUCUCUCAUUCAACGGAGAAAUAUUUUGCUACAACAAUUCACGACAGAACCUCUGUUCUGCACAGCUAAAUCGUGAUCUUCUGCAGAAGAGAGGGGGAAAAAGAAAAAAAAAAAAAAAAAAAGAAUCUUGCCUAGAAAGUCUUGCUGUAGUGCAGGGGGAGUAGAAAAGAACUGAUUAUCAAUGAUCAAAAAAUUAAAAGUGAGGUGCCUUAGAGCUGCAGCUCUUCACGACACGAGCACACACCGAAUUUAGGGAUUCGCCCUUGCCAGGAGUCGUCCUGGUAGUUUCGCGUGGACUUGCGGAAGCAAAGGGCGCGAGAUUUUUACUCUUCGCCUCCUUUUUAACUCGAUUCUCGCGCACCUCUCCUCCGUUUCAGGGGAGGUGUUCGCAAACCUUUCCCUCUUUUAGAGGUGUAGCUCCGUUCCCAGAGCGUACGUGCCGUUACGGACACUGGUGCAGGUUUUUAAGUAGAUUCUACUGCUUUUUAUUCCUGGAAAAUAAGUUUAGUUUCAAAUACGCCGAGUCUGACCGUAGAGUUAAACCUUCUCACACUGAGCCCGAUGCCCCAAAGUCCAACUUGGAGAAAUUGGGCAGGAAAAGAAUUGCUCAGAGAGCUUGACUGUAAUACUCUUGAUAAAUAAAAUUAAACUCAGACUAACUCUGGCCGCGUCCAGGCUCUCUGGAGUAUUUUGAUCCGUUAGAGUUUUUCGGUAACCUUGGAUCCCAGCGGCAGUACCUGAAUUUUGAGUUUAAUUGUGCUGCACGAUAGGAUAAACUGCACGCACCUCUUAAUUUCCGUUGGAUUGUUGCUGCUCGCUCACUGUGUAAAUCCAGACGGAUGGCUCGCCGCCUUCGAGCGAUCCGCAUGGAUGUCGACGUUAAUUCCUCAUUACAGGAACGAGAUUCUUCCUCGUUACCGUGUCUCUUGGCUGCGGAGACCGAGCAUCAGCUGCCGUAGAUGGCUGACUUGUCUCAAAUGUAGUUUGAGCACCAGAUUUUAAAUCUUUGUAGAGCGUUGAAGUAAUAACUGUUAGCUAUUGUAACGUGCAUUAAAGAAACUGUCGUAGCCCUGAGUUUAGUCCUAAACGUUGGGGUGGUGCUGGAAUUAAAGCUGCGGGAGAAUCGGCUGGGCGUCGUUCACCGAGAUGUCAGGGUGACUGGACGAUGGUACGAUGUCGAUUGUAUUUCACAAUUUCCCUGUCUACUUAAAAGAACAAGAUGUUUCACCUCUCGGCCUCGUGUGCAGUUUGUUAACCCUUUCACCAGCCUAAGAGCAAACCGCUCCUAAACCCUCGCGUCGGCGAGGGUAAAAUCUCGCCACGGUGCGAGCCGUAACCUUUAAAGCAGUGCUGAGCGCGCCUGCACCCCCUUUUCCCCCCCCAAAAAAAACCCCC